AUGGAGCUGUUGGCCUGUACAUUCCUGAUUCAAGCUGAUCUCUCUGGGAGUAUCACAGGUCCGAGCUGCAGCUGCAACAAAAAAGUAACAUUCAUAGUUUGCCAUCCCUGCCAGCUAGGUACCCAUUUACUCCUGCCUGAUGUCAAGUCGCCUGUCGAUGACCUUUCACCUCAACACUUCGCUGCUGAUCCUGCGGUCUCAAAGUUCAAAGUUCACGCUCAGACCAGUCAGGAGUUCCCUAAUGACCCCCAAGCUGACCAAGAAGCGAUAGAUAGCAUUGAAAAGGAUUAUUUCAAUGGAGAUGACUUUGACGCAAGUCGUGCUGAAUUGGAUAAACUCCCUGAUGUUCUUGAGCUUCAAGCGAUUGAUCAGGACAGGAGCAAACUACGCGGUCAGCUCCGGGCCGUCUCCAAGAAGGUGUCUGAGUUAGUCCUGGAGAACCACCCCGCAUAUGCUGCGGAGUUGAUCCGAGUCAUGGAGUUACAGCAGUCACUCCAGACGGCAAGCGUUGUCUGCGCGAAUGGCAGAAGGUAUUUGUCCAAUGCGAAAGAGGACUUCACCACAGCCAGCCUGGGCCUCCUUGCCAACUAUAGGAAGAGACAGCAGUUGGUUGGACUUCUCAAAUCGCUGAAGACCAUCAAAACUCUGCAAAGGACAGACAUCCGACUUCGUGAGAUGUUGGAAGAGGAGGAUUAUCCUGGAGCCAUCCAGUUGUGUUUAGAGUGUCAAAAAGCUGCCAGCACAUUCAGACACUUCCACUGCAUCAGUGAGCUGAGUUCAAAACUCAAGGACACUUUGGAAAUGAUUGAAGAGGCGCUGGAUGUGGCUCUGUCUAAAACAUGUAACAACUUUGAUACGCGUCAUUACGAGAAGGUCCAGACUGCUUAUAGGCUGCUGGGAAAAACACAGACUGCCAUGGACCAGCUGAAUAUGCACUUUGCUAGCGCCAUUCAUAACACCGCGUUCACAAUCGUCAUCGGUUAUGUUGAACUCUGCUCAGGGACGGAAGACAGCAACUUUCAGAAAAGACAAUAUCUGGAUUUAUGCGAGCACAUCAGUCCGGACUUGUUUACACCAUGUCUGAUUGACUUGUGCAAGGCAUUAUGGGAAGUCAUGAAGAGUUAUUAUCAGACGAUGUUAUGGCAUGAAAAACAUGACUUGGAGCCGACGGAUCAAGAGUCUGGCAGCAGCAAUGUUGAAGCUGCGUUCAAUCGGCGUUACAUCAAGCAGAAGCUGGAACAUGGUCUUGGGCGGAUAUGGCAGGAUGUCCAGCAAAAAGUUCGACUAUAUGUGCUUAAGACUGAUCUAUCAUACUUCAAGUUUGACGAGUUUAUCAAAGUUUUAGAUUUGCUGAAUAGGCUCAUAGAAAUUGGCGAAGAAUUCUGUGGUAGUAAAUCCGAGGCUUUACAGGAAUCGAUACGAACGCAAAGUCUGAACUAUUUCAAGAGUUACCACCGGGCGCGGAUGGACGAGCUGCGCAUGUUCCUGGAGAAUGAGGGAUGGGAACUCUGUCCGGUCAAAUCCAGUUUCGCUACGACUCAGUUGCAGGAGUUUCGUUUCUUGCGACAUAAGUGUAAUAAGAUGAGUCCGGCUGGUCAAACCAUCUCCUCCCAGUCUGUUGACCCUGAGAAACCGGUCCGGCCAAAUUACGGCUAUUUCCAAAAAUAUCUCGAUGUCGGGAAUCCUUUUGAUGUUCAGAUCGAGGAUGAGGAGACUGAAGACGUUUUGGCGACCAACGGGUAUGGAGGUGGGCGAGGCCGCCAAAACUCGAUGGAAGAGAUUGAAAGUGACAGUGAUGAGGAUGUCCCCGACGAACUGAAACAGGACUUCAUUGAUGAGAAUACGGGUGACACGCCGAGUAGGCCAAUGUAUCGACGACGGAAACUCAGUAAUAAAUCUGGUGCAAGGCUCCCUCCAAUUAUCACCAACACGACUCUCACUCUGCUCAGGCUUUUUGGUAAAUACAUGCAGAUGAUGAACGUGUUAAAACCCAUUGCAUUUGAUGUGAUGAUCUGUAUGUCAAAGCUAUUCGACUACUAUCUAUACGCUGUCUACAGCUUCUUUGCCAUUGACGCAAGCGAAUCUUCUGGGCGUUCUUUGGGCAGCCGCUUAAGGACGACGUUAAAACGGAUCGAGGAUAAUCUCAUUCUGCUGGAGCCGCAGUUUGGGGCGCCCCCACCUACGGCUGAGGAGAUAAGGAGUAAAGUGGCACACCCCCACCUCUCUCCCAUUGUUGACCUGACAAGUGCUGAAGGAAUGCAUGGGUUGGGAGAGAGAAUCAUUGCUGUUGAAUCACUCGUAUUUUUGGCGGACCAAUUCCAGUUCCUGCAGCCGCACCUCGAGGGGAUGAUUCCCCAGAACAAGAAGGCGUUCCUACAACAGUUCUAUUCGCAGACGGUCGGCGUCACGCCCGAACUCCGCCAACCGGUUUACACAGCCGUUGCAGCACGGUCGAUUGAUUAUGAUCAGCUAAUUCAACUGAUGGCGAGCGUCCGAUGGGACAUAAAGGACAUCAUGUCGCAACACAGUACAUAUGUCGAUCAGGUUUUACGAGAUUUCCACAUUUUUGCCAUGAAGUUGGACAACUUGUCGAAAAGGGUACCGAUGCCCUUCGUUGUUUCAUGCUGUCUCUGGGAGCUGUGUAUCACGCUCGCGAAUACCACCUUUGUUGAAGGAUAUGCUAGCGCCAAAAAGUGUACAACAGAAGGUAGGGCGUUGAUGUUGUUAGACUUCCAGCAGUUUUUGAUGAAGCUUGAGAAGUUGACAGAACUGCGCCCAAUCCCAGAACGCGAAUAUGUUGAAACCUACAUCAAGGCCUACUACCUUCCCGAGGACCAGUUAGAGACCUGGGUCAAAGACCACAAGGAAUACACAACAAAGCAGAUCAUAUCGCUCGUCAAUUGUCUACCGCACAUCAACAAGAGAGCGCGGCAACGCAUCAUCGGGGUCAUUGAGGAAACACGUCGAUAACACGUUUACAUAAACGAUAUCUUGGCCCUAAAUGUAUUGAUAUUUCUGAGCUUUCAGACAACGCGCACGUAAAUACCUUGACGGAGAAUACAGCAUGCAAUCAAUUUCAAACUGAAGUUGAUCGGGGAAUUUCAAAAUGUUUUCAUACCAUUCGUGUACAAACAGCACCCAGCUUCUUCUUCUACACUUUUCUAUAGCUACAACGAGGUUGGCCCCACGCUCACGGAGGUCACGUGUCACGAUACCGCGCUCUUAAAACCUUUCUUUCAUCAAUUCCAUCUUAUUCAAACGAGGUAUUCGUCUCUAAGGGGAGAGAGAUAAAGAACCUAUAGGUCUAAACGCGUUUUUUUCUGUUUAUCUGUUCUUUUUAUUUCGCGCACUGCUAAUGCCGCAAUGACCACCGCGCGAGAUAAAACGAGAUUGCAAGAAACGUCCUCGUCCCUAAGAUCCGUAAGCCAGGCAAAAAGAAGCUGGGUGCUGUUUGUCUAGUGUAAUGGCACCCAGGGUGCUUAUUGUCCAGUCGAUCUCGAACCUGGGUACCAUUUGUCGGCACCCAGGACGACAUCCACCCUUUCAGCACCAGUAAAGGCCUUUUUUCUGUCCCAAGAUACGAUACCAGAGAAUAGCAAUGAUACACAAUGUAUCACAAAACCCAAAUUCAAAUUCAAAUUCAAAUUUGAUUAAAAAUCAAACAUAUCACAGAGUGACACGUAUGCGGCAAGAUAAGGACUGCAUAUUAGGUACAAACACAGGAAGUGAAAUAAAUUACAAAAUAUUUAAUGAAAACUACUAAGAUAGGGUCUUCUCCUUUUUCAAAUUAAACAUAGUACAUGUAUUCACAAAGUUAAGAACAUGAAUCAAAACAUCGUUAUCGUGACUUCCAAGUAUUUUAUAAAAAAACAAAGUGGCUAUUCUUCCGGUACCGUAACAAUAAAAAUUUCAGCGAUUUUAGGGAUUAAACUGAAGAUUAGGGGACAAGGAUUAGUGUUAGGGAAGGGUUAAGGAGGGGUUAGUGUUAGGAGUAAGGGACAGGGUCUAGGUUAGGUUUGGAGUAGGAUUAAGGCUCAAAAGUGAAAAUGACCGCCGUAAGAAUAGCCAGUUGUUCGCAUGUAAAAUGCAUUAGAGACUGCCGUAAUAAUAGCCACAGUCUUAUAAAAAACAUCAACAGAUGUACAAGGGUGAACUCCCGUACAGGAAGAACACACAUUACCACUCAUUUAUGAAAACGGAUUUUUUUCGUUUAUGUGUCUGUAAUGUCAUGUCUGUAUCGCCAGAAGAAAGGGUUAAAAGUGAGCAGACGUUUUGUAUGUAUAAAUAUACCGUGGACCUACAUGUAUUUGCCGAGACGGAGUCAUGCGAUGAGGAAAACUUGGAUACAUGGCCGACGGUCGCCACCGGAGGGGCAGAGUACAGUAGGCCGACUGGAGAUCAUGAGUUUACCAAAUAAUUGACUUCGUCUUCCUUGUGAUAUUGUGUAUUGUAUAUUGACCUUGUUUCAUGUCAAAAAGUAAUAUAUGUCAUACAUCACUGCACGAAAUGGGUGGAAAUACUGAGUCACUUCUGUUAUACUGUGAUCAGUAUUCUAGCUGUGAUAUGUGUUAUGCUUACAAUAUACUGGGAUAUACUGAGAUGUUGUAUAUUUCGAAUAUAAUGAUCAGUAUAUCACAGCAUAUUCUUUACCCCUAGUAUACCAAGAUGUAUAUCCCAAUAUACUAGGUUUAUUCGUAUCAAUGUGUUAUACUGAAGAAAAAUACGCAAUUAUAUGGGAAAAGAAAUGCGAUAAUAUAACCCAUGAUAUCAUGGAAUCUGUGCUAUAUAGAAUACAAACUUGAGAAAUGCCGCGUCAGUAUUUCAUAGGAAAUGUAAGUAUAUCCUCCCCCAUUCCUCCCCUUGUUAAUGCGCAUUCUGGGAUUGAGUAUCAAUGUGAUAUAUUCAGUUCUAUUUCAAGAUAUGCUGCAUUAAAAGUUGUUGGAUGAAGUAGUGUACUGUUAAAAUACUGUCUCAGUAUUACAAAUGGAAAUCUCUCAUCGUUUUUACUUUGAUGUUAUGGGCGUGUGAUCGCCACUGGAUGCCAGUGCGAUUGCCGAGAGCGUGAAGACAAAGGCACAAUGACCUGUCCUCAGUUUUGGGGCACUAAACUGGCGAGGUGGACGGGUUAAGGGCGAACUACGAACACUGAAGGCUCGUGAUUUUCGACUUACAUAUUAUAGGCCUUCUUCCCCAAAACUGGCCUGGGUAGCUUGUAAUUAUAUACUUGUGAAUAUCAAGAAAUACUGGUAAAGAAGUAAUAAAUAUUGUAAAGGAAAAGUAACUUAUUUCUCAAAUCAAUGGAACUCAUGGGACCUCAGCUGUGAGGUCUAGUUUGAGGUCCAGAUUUGUAAUUUGUAAUUUGUAAUUUAUUUGGCCAACAUAAUAAUUAAAGUACAUGUAUGAGAUUUUUAACAGUGGAAAUAACGGCCAGGGACACAGCCAAGAUCAACAAUUAGAUCGCUUACGGCUGUGCCCCUUCUGAAAUAAAAUAGAUUUAAGAGAAAGGACAAACAAACACAAAAAGUACCUCUGGGUAAGAACCUGCGUGGAACAGCUAGAUACACAAAAGGGUUAGUAUGAAAUUGACUCGAAUUGUUAUGUUUUUGAUAUUAAAAAUCAGGAAUGAGCACAUACAUAACAGUGUGGAAUUACACAGCGAGAACUGUAUAAUACUAAUAAAUAAUUUUUUAAAUAGGUCCUGAAGCCAUGAAGACUGUGAGUGUGAAUUUUGUCCGAGACCAAGGAAGGGAGGGAAUUGAAGAUAGCGACAAUACUAUAAAGUGGUCUUUUUUGGCUAAAUUUAAGUCUGCGUCGUGGAGUUGUCAAUUUCUGCCCGUUUCUAGUAUUGUGAGUAUGUACUUGGUCAUUUGUUUUGAUAGUGUUAUGCAUGAAGUAGCCCGGAAGGUCAUU